AUGCUCGCGAUCUCGAUAUAUUGCUUGACCAUCUCUACGGGUCUAGGUAAGUUUUCGCCGUCCGUUAACCAUUUCUUCCUCAUUCAUCACCAGCCACCAAACUUGACAUUUACUAGUGAUCUCUCUACAGCGUACAGUUAUGAACAAAUUUCUUCUAUCAUGCGAGCAUCAAGUCCUGAUCAGCUCGACGUACCUCGAUUAUAUCAAGAAGCCACUUCAUACUUCAAAUCGCUCGUUCCAGCGCAGCCUGAGGUUAUAGCAACUUUUAGAUGCGAUUGGGCAGAAGACGCUAUGGCUUUGUCAAUUAAAUUUCACAUAACUGAGGUCCAAAAACCUCUGAUAUACUACCUCAUCGCCCACUCUGAACUCGAUCGUUUCCCUUCAUGGGUUGCACCUGAUAUGGUGGAAAGGAUAAAGCAACAGGUAGAAACCAUCAUGCCUCGUCUAAUCGAUCAAUUCAGCCCCGUCAUCUUCACACCACCGCCGACCUCUCAUAUGGAAUGUACGGAUAUUAUCGCUGAUCGUUGGAUGACCUUGGUCAUUACUCCUGCUUUGAGAGAUGGAGGUACUGGGAAACCCUUGGAUUUCUUGGAGACCAUGAAAGGAUUGGAAUGGGAGAGGGAGGGUGUAUGUAAGGACUGUGUGGCGGACAAGAGGGAUGAAUGGAUGGAGGAACAAAGGAAGAUUUGGGAACUUUUGGAUGGAUGGAUUUCAGAAACCCAAAAGUAA